CUGCCUCUAAAAUGAGUCUCUGGGGAGAGAGAGGGGGGGGCCCUGCCUCUAAAAUGAGUCUCUCUGGGGAACAUGACACCAAAGCUAAGAGCCCAAUCAAGCAGGAGAGACCAGCCUCCCCUGUUCCCAGCUGUGUGUCCAUGAAGAGUGACUGGUCUAUGGGUCAACCUAUAUACUUUAGAGAGGGAGACUUUUCUACUGAACAAAGAAACCAACAGGAGAGAUCAGAGUCAGAGAUUCUCAGUGGUCAGUCUUCCCAGAGUCAUCAAACAGACCUGGCCUCCAUAUUCAGUAUGCUUGAAGAGAAAAUUAUGACAUUUGUGAAGAACGAGCUGAAGAUAUUCAAGAGGAUUCUUAGUCCAGAACUCCCAGAAGGCUUUGAGAGUCAGAAGCAGGAAGUGGUGGAUGCUGAAUAUGAGAAGCAGGAGAGCAGUGCCAGAGAGGGGGCUCUGAAGAUCACACUGCACAUCCUGAGGAAAAUGAACCAGAAGGAGCUUGCUGACACACUGGAGAAAUAUGAGCUUGCUGUGAUUUGCCAACGUGAACUUAAAUCUAAUCUAAAGAAGAAGUUUCAAUGUGUAUUUGAGGGGAUCGCUAAACAAGGAAACCCAACACUUCUCAAUAAGAUCUACACAGAGCUCUACAUCACAGAGGGUGGAACAGGAGAGGUCAAUAAUGAACAUGAGCUGAGACAGAUUGAGACAACAACCAGGAAACAAGCAAGACCAGAGACUCCAAUCAAAUGUAACGACAUCUUCAAACCCUUAACUGGACAAGAUAAACCUAUCAGAACUGUGCUGACAAAGGGAGUCGCUGGCAUUGGAAAAACAGUCUCUGUGCAGAAGUUCAUUCUGGACUGGGCUGAAGGAAAAGCAAAUCAGGAUGUCCAAUUUGUGUUUUCAUUCCCUUUCCGGGAGCUGAAUUUGAUGAAAGGGGACAAACACACUUUCAUUAAACUUCUCAAUCACUUCUCAAUGGAAACCAAAGAAUCAAGAAUCUCCAACUAUGACAAGUACAAAGUUCUGUUCAUCUUUGAUGGUCUGGAUGAGUGCCGACUGCCCCUAGACUUCCAGAAGAACAAGAUCUGUUGUGACGUCACAGAGUCAACCUCAGUGGAUGUUCUGCUGACAAAUCUCAUCAAGGGAAAUCUGCUUCCCUCUGCUCUCCUCUGGAUAACUACCCGACCUGCAGCAGCCAAUAAGAUCCCUUCAGGGUGUGUUGACCAGGUGACAGAGGUACGAGGGUUCAAUGACCCACAGAAGGAGGAGUACUUCAGGAAGAGAUUCAGUGAUGAUGAGGACCUGGCCAGCAGAAUCAUCUCACACAUAAAGACAUCAAGGAGCCUCCACAUCAUGUGCCACAUUCCAGUCUUCUGUUGGAUUUCUGCAACAGUCCUUGAACACAUGCUGGAACAUAAGAGAGAAGAGAUGCCCAAGACUCUGACUGAGAUGUACACACACCUUGUGGUGUUUCAUACCAAACAGAAGAAUGAAAAGUAUCUUGGGAAAGAAGAGACAGGUCCACACUGGAAUAAAGAGAGCAUUCUGUCACUGGGAAAACUGGCUUUUCAACAGCUUGUGAAGGGCAAUCUGAUUUUCUAUGAAGAAGACCUGAAAGAGUCUGGCAUUGAUGUUAAUGAAGCCUCAGUGUACUCAGGAUUGUGCACACAGCUCUUUAAAGAGGAAUGUGGGCUGUACCAGGACAAGGUGUACUGCUUCGUUCAUCUGAGCAUUCAGGAGUUUCUGGCUGCUGUAUAUGUGUUCCUCUCAUUCAUCAACAACAAUCAGAAUCUAAUGGACAAACUGCAAACAAAAGACGAGUCUGAAGUUACUGUCUACAAGAGUGCUGUGGAUAAAGCCUUACAAAGUGAGACGGGAAACCUGGACCUUUUCCUCCGCUUCCUUCUGGGCCUCUCACUGGUCAAUCAGAAGCACUUACGAGGUCUACUGACAAAGACAAGAAGCAGCUCACAGAGCCAUGAAGAAACAGUUAAGUACAUCAAGGAGAAGAUCAGGGAGAAUCCCUCUCCAGAGAGGAGCAUCAAUCUGUUCCACUGUCUGAAUGAACUGAAUGACCAUUCUCUAGUGGAGGAGAUCCAAAGCUUCCUGAGAUCAGGAAGUCUCUCAGAACCCAACCUGUCACCUGCACAGUGGUCAGCUCUGGUCUUUGUGUUGCUGACUUCAGAAAAGGAGCUGGAUGUGUUUGACCUGAAGAAAUACUCCAGAUCAGAGGAAGGUCUUCUGAGGCUGCUGCCAGUGGUCAAAGCCUCCAGAGAUGUUCUGCUGUCAGGCUGUGGAGUCACAAAGGAAGGCUGUGCUUCUCUGGUCUCAGCUCUGAGGUCAAACCCCUCACACCUGAGAGAGCUGGAUCUGAGUAACAAUGAGCUGAAGGAUUCAGGAGUGGAGCUGCUCUCUGCUGGACUGGGGAAUCCCCACUGUAAACUGGAGACUCUGAGGCUGUCAGGCUGUCUAGUCACAGAGGAAGGCUGUGCUUCUCUGGUCUCAGCUCUGAGGUCAAACCCCUCACACCUGAGAGAGCUGGAUCUGAGUAACAAUGACCUGAAGGAUUCAGGAGUGAAGCUACUCUCUGCUGGACUGGGGAAUCCCCACUGUAAACUGGAGACUCUGAGGCUGUCAGGCUGUGGACUCACAGAGGAAGGCUGUGCUUCUCUGGUCUCAGCUCUGAGUUCAAACCCCUCACACCUGAGAGAGCUGGAUCUGAGUAACAAUGACCUGAAGGAUUCAGGAGUGGAGCUGCUCUCUGCUGGACUGGGGAAUCCCCACUGUAAACUGGAGACUCUGAGGUCAGUAUUCCUGUAGUUGGUCAACAAGUGAUAACUGUUCACCAGAUCCACAUGUGUUUACCAGACACACAUAGUCCACACCA